AAAGUUUACAGCCUUUUGUAUCAUGCUCAGAAUGUUGUGCGUCUGAACGGCGAGUAAUCAAAGAUAUUUGGCCCUGUUGAUAUUGUGGGCAAGUCAAAUUAAGCGAAAGAGCUCCGCAAGGUAAAAAGUCGGCAACGCCGACCCCUAGUCUCUAAAAGCAUUGAUCCUUGAAAACCCGCAAUGCUGAUCAAAAUGCCGAUACGGUUGCCCGAGGAUAUCAAGAUAGGGAAGAUAGCGGAAACCCUUUUCCAUCGCGACGAUAUCAGCACCCCAUAUCUGAUCAUAUUCCCCAGACCAUUCAUACCUUGAAGAUGAAAGAUUCGGCGGAUGCCUCCGGUUUCAUCAGGCAGCAGGCCUUUCUUCGCGAAAGACUCUUGGCCACGAUUCUCUUUUUCUAUUUGUUUUCAAAGAACUUGGCCAUGGAUGUGUACGCCGAUGACGAAGCCGUCUUCUGUCUAUUCUUGGGACUGCCAGCAACGCAUGUGUGGCAACAAUCUAAGUCAGGACUUGGCAUACAGCGCAUAUCCUGGGAUCACGAUGCGUUCAUGAGCAUCAUCAUCUCCACAUCUUUCUCGACGGAGUCCAACCCCCUCACACUACACACCUUUGAAAGCUGCGCUGCACGUAUUAUUCCCGAGGCAUCGCGUCUUGUCGACAUGCAAAUUAUCGCGUCCUCUUCCCAUGCAGAAUCCGAGCGUGCACACGCAGAAAGAGCUGCGAUAGCAGAAUUGAACACCGACCCUAUCACCAGGCCACCAAAGCAUAUGUACAAUGCAGGUGGCGUGUUUUGUACGACGCCUGGAUGCGGGAGGGGAGACCAUGCCCAUGAUCAUUGUGAUGCGAAAGGUGGCGGCAUGGAAGGUCAAGCUCCAUGGCAGCGCAAAAAGAAGAAGUUGACUGGUACCCACGCGGCAGUAUUCGCCACAUCAGUAUCCGCUAUGAUCCCUGUAUUUGCCACACCAGCGAACCCCGCGCUCUUCACUUUGAUCUCUCAUGCGUCUACAGGGUCCACCUUCUGGCCGCUUAUUUCUCCCUCGCCACCCAAUAUCGUGACUCAUGUUAUCUCUACCAUCCUGGACUGUAGCACCUUGCUCACGCUCAUUAGAGCCUGUGAAUUAUUUGGUCGUAUUCCGCCACCAAUCCUGUCACUGUGCGCACGGCCAAUGUCGGGUAUCUAUCUCUGGACGUGGUGAUUGUGUAGCCUGGCUCGCUAUCAACGGAAAUCGCCAUCAUAUUCGUCUGGCAAACUGUCUGCAUGCUCCAGACACGAUGGUCAAUAUUCUUUCGGUUGGGCGGAUGAUCACUAAGGGCUGGGGU